CCAAAUGUAGAUGAGUUGCGGCUGCUGCAUAGCCAAAACCCGGAGAAUUUGGCCGCCGUGUCCAAUUUCACGGUGUUACGUACAGGCGUGGGACAGGUCCGCUGGGUGGUCCCUGUCGAUGUUCGUGGGCUGGCACUGUACGACAUUGUCUCCAUCUCGUAUGGUGAGGUACUUUGCUAUCCGGAGGCAAGUACAAAGCCGCCGCAGGGCCAGGGCCUAAAUAGGCCUGCGGAGAUCACUCUGUACGGCGUGUACAGGAAGGAUAAGGAGACGGGCGCGCCGAUUAAGGAGGGUCCGCGUGGUCAGGCGUAUGAGAAGGCCCUGCGGCAGAUGUGCGGCCGUAUGGGCGCAAAAUUUUUGUCGUAUAAGCUGGACGGCGGCGUGUGGAAGUUUGAGGUGGAGCAUUUCAGCCGUUAUGGCCUGAUGGACAUUGACGAGGACGAC